AUGCAAUCCGUAGUGACAUUUGAGAAGCCAUUGCCGCAUCUUAGUUUGGCCGAUUGGGAUGCGAGACUUUACGGCUUACAGGUCCUAGCUGAUACCAGGCGGGCAGACGCAUUCGAUCUGCGACAUGGCGCCCACCAGCUUCGUAACGAAACCCGCAUCAAGACCGAAUGGGACAGCUAUCACAACAAUAAUAGACUUAGAGCCAGAGUCUACGAAAUAGAACAAUGGAAAUCAACCCUCCAAGAACUCUUAGACCUCAUAGAGAGGGAGAUGAGUAGUCUAAAAGAAGAGAAGGCGUCUACUGAGCGGGAGUUAGAACAACUCAAUAUCCCUUUACUUGUAUGCUCUGAAUGUCUUUCCAACCGAGACGGGAGGCGCAGCACUGAACUUACUUACGAUCUUGCUGAUACGGAGUUGAAAAAGGAGCUCUGUGUAACGGAAAGUAACAAGAAAAUGUUGAUAGACAGAUGCCAGUCCGCUUGGGAAAAAAUCAACAAGUUGGAAGUGGUGAAAUUCAAACUCCAAUUAGAUUUGAACGAUAAGAAUGAAGCUCUGCAGAUUGAUAAGGAUAUGCUUAAUUUGGACAAGGAUUGCGCCAAUAUUACGUACAAAUCUGAUUCUUUGAAGACACCGAAAAGAAUGAUUACCUACCAGCAAUGGCUGGAAAAGUGCGAAGCAACGAAACAGAUGGCUAUACUUGAGCUUCAAGACACUCUUCGUCUCCGUGAGUCUCUGUUCGUCGCUCGUGGACGAGCCAGGAAUGCUUUGAGAGCUCAAACUGACGUCACCAAUUAUAUGCUGCGCCGACGCAUCUACGAUACGCAAAGAGCUAGGAAUGAAUUAGAUUGGCAGAAAAUGAAGAUGGAAGAAAACAUGGACAAAUUAGCGACUGAACUGAAAAUAAUGGGAGAACAAUUUGCUGAUAAAGUAAACGCAUUGAAAGUGGCAGAAACACGAUUGGAGACCCGUGGUUACCGUCCAGGGUUUGAAUUAGCCGCUGAUGAAGCCGAUAUUGGGCUGAAGGAAGAAGUCCGAAGUCUCAAAGAAACUAUUCGACAGUUACAAGAUAAAUUGGAUUGUGCUAAAGCCACGUACAAUGCUCUAGAAGCGGCUUCCAUCAAAAUAGCAAUUGAUUUGAAUGACAAAAAUCAAUCUUUGGAGACUGACACUCGAGCUCUGGAAAUGAGAGCAUCUUUGGAACCAAAACGACCUACGGGCCUCAACAAGAAUUUGAUUCUUGCAAGUAUGGCUGAUGAAGUACCGAAGGUUGAAGGUUGA